AUGGAUGAAGUUAUCGAGGAACAGCCCAAUAGACACAAUGUAGAGAACGAAGAAAUCAAGAAGUUUAGGGAUAUGGUGUGGAAUUCGGGAAUGGAAAAGGAUAACCAUAUCCGUCACAACGAAUAUCUGGGAGAAUUCAUUUCAGAUCAUGAAGCGCAUGAUACUUUCCCCUCUGAAGACGAAUUUGGGAAGACAUCUCCUUACUUGCCCAUUUGGAAGGCACCGGUCUCUAGUGUAGUCUACAACUUCUUUAUCUAA